GUUUAAAAGACCCAACACAUCAAGAGAAUCCAAGAAGGAGAGCGAAACCACAUGGGAAGCUCAGAUUCGCCUCUUUCGAUCUCCUCGAGCCCUAACCCUAGGGAGAUGAGGGAGGAAGAGUCGGAGGAGGAGGAGGAGGAGGAGAUCCAAUGGAGGGGAUGGAGGGACGAAGAGCCGUGGCCGCGGAAGAGCGGUGAGGUGAUGCUGGAGGGGUACGUGGACGCCAAGGGCGGCGGGGAGCAGGCGACGAAUGGCGUCGCGAGGACGAAGAGCCUGACGGACGACGAUCUGGAGGAGCUCAAGGGGUGCCUCGACCUUGGGUUCGGGUUCAGCUACGAGGAGAUCCCCGAUCUGUGCAACACUCUUCCAGCGCUGGAGCUCUGCUACUCGAUGAGCCAGAGGUUCUUGGACGAGAAGCAGCAGCAGAACCGGUCCAUCGACCGCUCAUCCUCUAGCGAGUCCCUAGAUCUGUCCGCGUUGCCGCCGUCUCCUCCCAUCGCCAACUGGAAGUUCUCCAGCCCAGGAGAUGAUCCUGAUGAAGUUAAAGCAAGACUGAGGUAUUGGGCCCAAGCAGUGGCUUUUACUCUCAGAUUAUGCAAGAAAUAGAGACUGCAUUUUUAUGAGUUCUUUUGAUGACUGGAAGAAUUAAUUGGUCGGAUUUUAAUGCCGAGCCCAUGUUUGGUAGAGUGACUAUGCCUGAUGCUUUCCUGCUCAAUGUCAUCAGAUGCAUCUGUGACUUUGUGGGAGGGUAGAGUUUCUUGUUGGAGUCACAUACCAGUAAUGGGACUGGAGGCAUCAAAGAAGAAGAGAGGUGUAGGAGAAAAACAUUGAUGUUCUGAGGUGUGAUAGCAGAUUGAUACAAUGGUAAAGAAUUAUGUUUCUAGUAUUCCAUGUAUGAUAGUGUAUAUGAAUAAAUUAUUCUUUGGCAUGUUCAUAGUCUUAGUAUUGAAUAUUAUUUAAACGAAGGAUUGGUUUGCA